AUGAUGUUUGGGAGUGUGCCAACCGUGCUCGGUCCUCCCAGAGACAAUUAUGAGAAGCAGAUCCCAGCGGAUGCCUUUAUCCACAUCAAUGACUUUGCAAACCCCAAGGAGCUGGCGGAAAGACUGCACUAUCUGGACAAACAUCCGGAGGAGUAUAGGGACUACUUUAGGUGGAGGGCACAGUAUGAGGCAAAGCUGUCCGGGUUUGGAAAAGAGCAUGCCUCGCUGUUAGAUGAGGCAGUGGACCAGGGAACCAGGCACCAGGGCGAACAGAGAGGGAUCCAGCUUCAGCGGAAGGAACACCAGGACCAGAAGAAGCCUCUAAAAAAACCAGUGACCAACUUCAUCGUGAAAGCCUUUGAGAGCUCUUUCUCUGAAUUCCUCGGAGAAAAAAUGAAACCGUCCAUGUUUUAUGGCAAGCGACCUCAAGCUGGACCUAUUGGACCGCAAACUAGAGUUCCCCCGCCCGCCAGUGACGACAGCUGUCUCAGUGACAGUGAUGACGACGAUGAUGAGGACUACACUCCUAAACCCGGUGAUGAAAACAGCAGUAAUAAUGCAUUUUGA